AUGACGCCAGGAACUGGAACGACAGCAGGAGGGGUGAAUUGGGUCGGAUAUCUGACGACCGCGGAGAACGCAUGCCUUGUCCUGAGCUACGACCUCGCGGUUGGAGGCGCAACCAUCGAUGGCUCGCUCGUUGGGAGCACUGCAAACGAUCUUGUUGGGCAACUGAGGACGUUUGAUGCGACUUAUAGCAGCAAGCCGGCUUCUGCACCGUGGACUUCUGGGGAUGCUGUUUUUGCAUUUUGGAUUGGAAUCAAUGAUAUCGGGAAUGCAUACUACCGAACAAACGCUUCAACAUUUGUUCCGCAGCUGAUCGGUCGACUUGAAGACCUCGCAGAGGACAUUUAUAACUCCGGAGGACGCAAAUUCCUCUUUGUCAAUGUUCCCCCGAUAAACCGGACACCCAUGUUCAUCCAGCAGGGCGACUGGGCAAUUGAACACUCGGCGGCUUAUCUGGCUGUCUAUAACCAGCAGCUCGCGACCAUGGUAGAGAGGUUCAAGUCUAGCAAUACCGGCGUCAUCGCCGUGCUUUAUGACUCGUGGUCGUUCAUGACCAAGGUUCUCGACAAUCCUACCGAUUACGGAUUCCCAGAUGCCACUUGCAUCAAUGGAGACGGCACUUCGUGUGUCUGGUGGAAUGACUACCAUCCUGGGACGAAGUAUCAUCAGCGCCAGGCUGAGGAUAUGAAGGCUAGUCUUUCACCCCUUGGUGCGUGGUGA